AAAAACGCAGAGCCGAUCUGCCGCACGGAAUCAUCUCGUCCACGAUCGGCACUGCGGCAUGAACGUCCCCCGCUUUCUGAGAACUGCAUCGGCCACUUGCGCUGCUGCUGCCGCCCGGCCUGUCCGGUUUGCCGCGGGCCCGUCGCCCGUCGCCUGCAUCGCCUCGCAGCUUCUGCAGCGCUCGCACGCCAGCACCGCAGCGACGGCAUCGGCCCUGCCAAGCGACCCCACCAGCCAUCCCGCCUUCUUCACCGGAAACCCACACUACUACGAUGCCAUUAUGGACCUGAACAAGCUGAUCCGGAAAUACGAACUGCCCUUCACCAAGGAGGAGCUGUCUGCCAAGGCCCACAAGAUCCCCGUCAAAUGGAUGUCCAUCGAUCUGAUGCGGUCGAUUCUGCACUUCAAGCUGGACGACCCGUCCUACAGCGCGCUCAUCACCAAGCUCAACAUCCUGGCGACAAAGAUUGACGAGAGCCCUGAGAUCAUGGAGAAGCUCUCUCAGUUCAUUUCGCCAGGCCAGUCCUUCUCGGUUGCCUCGGCCAGCAAGACCAAGCUCGACGAGUUUGGACGGGGCUAUGCCUUGGCAUCAAAGAAGAAGGCCCGCGCACAGGUCUGGACCGUCAAGGGAGACGGCCAGUUCUUUGUGAACGGUGUGCCGCUCGCCGAAUACUUUACCGAGCUCGAUCACCGCCAGACAUGCACCCGUGCGCUCGAGGUCCUCGGCAAGCUCACGGACUACAACAUCUGGGCACUUACAAAGGGCGGCGGAUUCACGGGACAAGCUGGAGCCAUCUCCGUUGCGCUGGCUCGAACAUUGUUGGCCCACGACCCCUCAGCAGUCAAGCACUUUUCCGAGCUGGGGUUGACAAAGAUCGACCGACGACAGAAGGAACGCAAGAAGACUGGCCAGCCCAGUGCCCGUGCCAAGAACCAGUGGGUCAAGCGUUAGAGGCCCUGGUGACAUUUCCGUCCGCGUGCGUGCAGGGUGUGCUGAUGCUCUCUGCCAGAUCAACUGAUGAUGGUCCUUCAAGACCCCUGGUGUCUUUUGCGCUGAGCUCCAGCGUCCCUCCCUGUGGAUAAAUACACACUUUAUGCAGGGGACUCAGGACACCCUCUCUCCCCCAUGUGUCAGUCUAGUA